GCGGCUCGGUGCUAAGGGAUGAGUGAGUCGGAGCUCGGUCUCUCCCCAGCAAGUUCUCAGCCGCUCCCGGUUCAGACCCAACCGGGGAGCCGCGAGCUGGGCUCAGCGCCCCCCGAAGGGCAGGCCUCCGGGGCAGUCGAGCGCUCCCGCGCGUCGGGCGCUCCGAGUCCCCGCAGCCGGAGCGGGGCCAGGACUCUAGAGCUCCGGGGGUGCCUGUGGAAUCCAGCGCCUCUGGCUUCCCGGGUCCCCCGCAGCGGAGCCCCGGAGACGCCCUCAGCCCGGGACCGCCGCGGAACGAGAUUGAGAUUGAGAACACAGGGCAACUACCACAAUGGGCAGCAAAACCUUGCCUGCGCCAGUGCCCAUUCAUCCAUCCCUGCAGCUCACCAACUACUCCUUCCUCCAGGCAGUGAACGGCCUGCCCACGGUGCCCUCGGACCACCUGCCCAACCUGUAUGGAUUCAGUGCCCUGCACGCGGUGCAUCUGCACCAGUGGACGCUAGGCUACCCUGCCGUGCACUUGCCACGCUCCUCUUUCUCCAAAAUGCCGGGCGCUGUGUCCAGCCUGGUGGACACACGCUUCCAACUGCCUGCCUUUCCCUGGUUUCCUCACGUAAUCCAGCCGAAGCCCGAGAUCACUGUUGGAGGCAGCGGCCCCUCCUCGCUCAAGACCAAGCCACGCUUUGAUUUUGCCAACCUGGCUUUGGCUGCCACGCAAGAAGAUCCAUCUAAGCUUGGCCGGGGGGAGGGUCCCGGUUCCCCCGCUGGUGGGCUGGGUGCCCUCCUGGAUGUAACCAAGCUGUCCCCAGAAAAGAAGCCCACGAGGGGACGCCUGCCUUCCAAGACCAAGAAGGAAUUUGUCUGCAAGUUCUGUGGCCGUCACUUCACUAAGUCCUACAAUCUCCUUAUCCAUGAGCGGACGCACACCGAUGAGCGGCCCUACACCUGUGACAUCUGCCACAAAGCCUUCCGGAGGCAAGACCACCUACGGGACCACAGAUAUAUUCACUCCAAAGAGAAGCCUUUCAAGUGUCAAGAGUGUGGGAAAGGUUUCUGCCAGUCCAGGACUCUCGCUGUCCACAAGACGCUACACUCACAGGUGAAGGAGCUCAAAACCUCCAAGAUCAAAUGCUAAAGAGAGCCUCCGGGUGGGUCACCAGGACCCUGGGUCACGCUGCCCCCUCCUCCAGAGGGACCAGAAGCCGAAGGCGACUCUGGCGGGCAGCGGGAGGGGUGCCCGGGACCUUCCCCAAUCCCAAACUUGUCCCUUGGGUCCCGGGCGCACGCGGAACUCGAGAGCCCCGCCCGGAGCCGUGACCCCAGCCGCCCGGGCGGCUCCCCCAGGACGCGGCUAAAGUCUUGGCCAAAAGGCGGUACUCACGUGGCGGAAGGGAAACUGCAUUUAAAAAAA